ACUUGUGAAUGGCAGCCAAUGGGAGGGUAGAGUCCCCUCAGCCUCUCAGCCUCUCUGACAUCCACACAGCGAGAAGUGAUGCAGCGCCGCUGAGACGCGCAGUCGGGGCGGAACAACGGGCAACAAAAGCCGCAGCCAGCGGAUACUCUGCGCUCCAACGUGCGUUUCUUUCAUUUUCUUUUUCUUUUUUUGCGUGCUUUUUUUUUUUUUUUUUGGUUUUGUUUGUUUUGUCUGCCACCCGUCGCGGGAAGAUCUCUCAUCGCUGGGAUAAACUUCAUCCAUCAGGUGCUGAUUGCCCCUCGAUGUGAGUCUGAGCAGCCCUUCCUGCCUUAGCAGAACCCAGCAUGAGAACCCAGCUGAAACUCUGACCGAGAAGCGGCGGACACGGACCACUGGGGCGGGAUAGGGCUGAAGUUUGUCAUCGUGUGGCCAUGGAUCGAAGGAGACUUUGUGCUCUCGUGAUGCUGUGGGCCGUGGUCCACCUCAGCUCCCCGGGUUACAGCCUCCGGGCCCUGCGGAGGACUACAGGGGGGCGGAGAGGGUCAACAGGGCUGACGGGGCAGGACGCCAACGGACUCCCGCUCAGACGCUCUAAACGAGGCUGGAUGUGGAACCAGUUCUUUCUGCUGGAGGAGUACACAGGGACCGACAUGCAGUACGUGGGAAAGCUCCACUCGGACGGGGACAGAGGGGACGGCAGCGUGAGGUACGUCCUCACCGGCGAGGGCGCGGGGACCCUGUUCAAGAUCGACGAGAAGUCCGGCGACAUCCACGCCACCAAGAGGCUGGACCGCGAGGAGAAGGCCUACUACAUCCUGCACGCCAAGGCCGUCAACCGCUUCACCAACGAGGCGCUGGAGGGCGAGUCCGAGUUCAUCAUCAAGAUCCACGACAUCAACGACAACGAGCCGCGCUUCACCAAGGACCCGUACAUGGCCCGGGUGCCUGAGAUGUCCGACGUCGGCACCUCGGUGAUUCAGGUGACGGCCACCGACGCAGACGAUGCCACGUACGGGAACAGCGCCAGGGUGGUGUACAGCAUCCUGGAGGGCCAGCCGUACUUCUCCGUGGACCCUGAUACGGGGCUGAUCAAGACGGCGCUGCCCGGCAUGGACCGGGAGGUGAAGGAGCACUACCAGGUAGUGAUCCAGGCUAAAGACAUGGCGGGACAGAUGGGCGGGCUCUCAGGAACCACCACGGUCAGCAUCACCCUGUCGGACGUGAACGACAACCCGCCACGCUUCACCAAGACCCUGUACGAGUUCAGGGUGCCCGAGUCCAACGAGCUGGGCUCCACAGUGGGAGUCGUCCGCGCCAUGGACGCCGACAUCGGCCAGAACGCGGAGAUGGACUACAGGAUCAUCGGGAGCGACGGGCCGGGGAUGUUCGACGUCACCGUCAACAGGAGCACGCAGGAAGGCCUCAUCGUGCUUAGAAAGCCUCUGGAUUACGAGAAGAAGCGUCAGUACAACCUUCGCGUUCAGGUGGAGAACGUCCACAUCAACCCGCGCUUCUACUCCAUGGGCCCCUUCAGGGACGAGGCCAGCGUCAAGAUCGUGGUGGAGGACGUGGACGAGCCGCCCGUCUUCGAGCGGCCCAGCUACGUCAUGGAGGUCCGGGAGGACGCGGCGAGGAACAUCGCCGUCGGCUCGGUCAGCGCGUCAGACCCCGACGACAAGCACAGCAUCGUCAGGUACACCAUCGACCGGCGCACAGACAUGGACCGCGUGUUCAACAUCCACGCUGGCAACGGGUCGGUGUUCAUCCUCCGGGAGCUGGACAGAGAGGAGAAAGCCUGGCACAACAUCUCUGUCAUCGCCACAGAGUUCAACAACCCGCGUCAGAUAAGCCGUGUGCCUGUAUACAUCAGAGUGCUGGACGUCAACGACAACGCUCCAACAUUUGCCACCAAUUAUGAGACGUUCGUGUGUGAGAACGCCAAGGCUAAUCAGAGGAUCCAAACGGUGAGCGCCAUGGACCCCGACGAGCCGCUGGGAGGACAUCGCUUCAUCUUCAGCCUGGCGCCGGAGGCCGUGGGGAAGGCAAACUUCUCUGUCCGGGACAACAAAGACAACACGGCCUGGAUCCUAACCAGGAGGAACAGCUACAACAGCCUCCAGAAGAGCGUGUACCACGUGCCGGUGGUGAUCACGGACGGAGAGUUCCCGGUGCAGAGCAGCACCAACACGCUCACCAUCCGGGUGUGCACCUGCGACCGCGAGGGCAACAUGAAGCUGUGCAACCCCGAGGCGCUGACGGCGAGGGCGGGGCUCAGCACCGGCGCCCUGGUGGCCAUCCUGCUCUGCGUCGUCAUCCUGCUCAUGAUCGUGGUGCUGUUCGCCGCCCUGAGGAGGCAGAGGAAGAAGGAGCCUCUGAUCAUCUCCAAGGAGGACGUGAGGGACAACGUCGUCAGCUACAACGACGAGGGCGGAGGAGAGGAGGACACGCAGGCCUUUGACAUCUGCACGCUGCGCAACCCCGAGGCCAUCGAGGAGAGCAAGCAGAGGCGGGACAUCAUCCCCGAGACCUUCUACCCCCCGGCGCGUCGGGCCGCGGUGCCGCCGCCGCCGCCGGGCCGGGACAAUAACGGCGACGUGAGGGACUUCAUCAACCAGCGGCUGCAGGACAACGACGGCGACCCGACGGCGCCGCCCUACGACUCGCUGGCCACCUACGCCUACGAGGGCAGCGGCUCCGUGGCCGAGUCCCUCAGCUCGCUGGAGUCGGCGACCACCGAGGGCGACCAGGACUACAACUACCUGAGCGAGUGGGGGCCCCGCUUCAAGAAGCUGGCGGACAUGUACGGCGGCGACGACGACAGCGACUCCUAACCAGAGCCCCGGCACGCGGGACGAGAAGCGCCACGUGACAAAAAAACACGAACUUUCAGGCGGUUCGGCGCCCAAUGGGGACGCCGCGGCCGGUGCGGACCGUCGACAGGAAGAGGCGGCCGGCGGCGUUCCCGUCGUCCCUCCGGUGACCAGACGUAGGCUUUGUGUGUCCAGUCAGUGUUAGUUGCGUUUUCUUUGCAGGGACGCAGUGAAGACUCUUUUUUUUUUUUUUUUUUGUGUGUGUAUACAGGGUCCAGAACGAGGCCCCAAUAUAUCAACAGAUUUUAUUUGAUUGUUCCCCCCCCCCCCACCAAAGCUGCCUGUGACUGACGGACUCUCCACAAGCAGCUUGGUGAACCAACAGACACGCCGUACUGCAAAAACGGAUCUAAAAAUAAGUAAAAUGUUCUUAAAGUUAGUGUAUUUAUCCUUGAUUUGAGCAGCUAAA